GGCACCGGGGACUGAGGGCUGUGGUUAAUCCCGGGCUGUGCCGCUGCAGAGAGUCCGGGAGAAGCGACCAUGUCCAUCGCCGCCUCCAACACCAGCAUGAGGGUGCCCGCCGGCUUCCGGAACCUGCUGGAGGGGCUGGCGCGGGAAGUGCUGCGGGAGCAGCCCUCCAACGUGGUGGCCUUUGCAGCUCAGCACUUCCAAAAGCUGCUGGAGCAGAGAGAGGGAGGCCAAGGACACGGAGGGGAAGUAGGCAGCACCAGGGGAAGCAGGCAGCACACACAGCUGUGGAUCGCCGUGAUUCUGCCCCAAAAUGCGUGGAGAGGAGCCGAAGGGGAGCACGUUCCUAUAACCUUCAUGAACUGGUUCACCUCUCCAGAGAUGCAGCUGCAGCACUUGCCCCAAAUCCCCCAUUUCCCACCAUCCAACCCCAAAACUAAAAAAAACCUCUUGGUGCUCCCCUGGCUCCUGCCCUUUUCCCGUGGGCGGGUGCUGCACUCCCAUCCCGCCCCUGAGGUGCUGUUUGAGGGAGCCUGCACAAAGCUGGACGAGGACAUCCUGGACAUCCCUUUGGACGAUCCUGAUGCCAACGCGGCAGCUGCCAAGAUCCAGGCCAGUUUCCGUGGCCAUAUGACCCGCAAGAAGAUCAAAGGGGGUGAGAUUGAUCGGAAAACCAAGGACGCCGAGUGCGCCAACAGCACCCGCGGCGGCGACCUCCGCAACGGCGACUAGGGGCCACCAGCUGCUCAGCGGAACCCCCUGGCCACCGCCCCCCUCCCGCCGCCCCCCCCCCC